UGUUUUGAAGAUCUAACUGCAACCAUGAGCAGCAACGAGUGUUUCAAAUGUGGAAGAUCUGGCCACUGGGCCCGGGAAUGCCCCACUGGUGGAGGCCGUGGUCGUGGAAUGAGAAGCCGUGGCAGAGGUGGUUUUACCUCGGAUAGAGGUUUCCAGUUUGUUUCCUCGUCUCUUCCAGACAUCUGUUACCGCUGUGGUGAGUCUGGCCAUCUUGCUAAGGAUUGUGAUCUUCAGGAGGAUGUUGAAGCCUGCUAUAACUGCGGUAGAGGUGGCCACAUUGCCAAGGACUGCAAGGAGCCCAAGAGAGAGCGAGAGCAGUGCUGCUACAACUGUGGCAAGCCAGGCCAUCUGGCUCGUGACUGUGACCACGCUGAUGAGCAGAAGUGCUAUUCUUGUGGAGAAUUUGGACACAUUCAAAAAGACUGCACCAAAGUGAAGUGCUAUAGGUGUGGUGAAACUGGUCAUGUAGCCAUCAACUGCAGCAAGACGAGUGAAGUUAACUGUUACCGCUGUGGCGAGUCAGGGCACCUUGCACGGGAAUGCACGAUUGAGGCUACAGCUUAAUUAUUUUCCUUUGUCGCCCCUCCUUUUUCUGAUUGAUGGUUGUAUUAUUUUUCUCUGAAUCCUCUUCACUGGCCAAAGGUUGGCAGAUAGAGGCUACUCCCAGGCCAGUGAGCUUUACUUGCCGUGUAAAAGGAGGAAAGGGGUGGAAAAAAAAAUCGACUUUCUGCAUUUAACUACAAAAAAAAAGUUUAUGUUUAGUUUGGUAGAGGUGUUACGUAUAAUGCUUUGUUAAAGAACCCCCUUUCCACGCCACUGGUGAAUAGGGAUGGAUGGGAAGUGUUGAGUCAGACCAGUAAGCCCAUUCUGGGUUUCUUGAAUAUGUUCCCAUGUAGGAGAUAAAACCAAUUCUGGAAGUGACUGAACUUCCAUAAACAACUUUAAUUUUAGCAUAAUGAUGGCCUUGGAUUAUCUGACCUCAGUAGCUAUUAAAUAACAUCAAGUAACAUCUGUAUCAGGCCCUACAUAGAACAUAGUUGAGUUGGGAAUAAACAAAAUGGAAAGCACAUGUGUGUUGGCUUUCCGAAAGAAAUCAAGCUGUGACGGGAAUAACA